CAGCAUUACGGGUCUCUCUAGUCUCACCACGCAGCUUCCAACGCCAUCGAACGUCGCCAGCUCCAGCACGCCAUGACGCUCAAGGAGAUCGCGCUGCUGGUGGCGGUGCUGGCCGUGAGCGUGGCCGAGCCUCCCAGCUCGUCGUACGGGGCGCCCUCCAGGGGCUCCAGGCCCAGCUCCAGCUACGGCGCGCCCCGGCAACCGUCCUCCUCCUACGGCGCCCCGUCCGGCGGUUUCGGCGGCGGCCAGGGUGGUAGUUUCGGCGGGUUCGGCGGCGGCCAGGGAGGCGGAGGCUUUGGCGGGUUCGGCGGCAGCGCACCUUCGUCCAGCUACGGUGCCCCGUCGUCCAGCUAUGGCGCCCCGUCGUCUAGCUACGGUGCCCCGUCGUCCGGCGGCCAAGGAUCCCCGUCAUCUAGCUACGGUGCGCCCUCAUCUAGCUACGGUGCCCCGUCAUCAAGCUAUGGCGCCCCAUCGUCGAGCUACGGCGCCCCGUCGUCGGGAGGUCACGGAGGAGCCCCGUCCUCCAGCUACGGUGCCCCGUCGUCCAGCUACGGCGCCCCCAACGGCGGACGCCCCUCGUCCUCGUACGGAGCGCCGUCGGCCCGCAAGACGAAGCCCUCGUCGAGCUACGGAGCCCCGAGAAGGUCGCUGUCCACGUCUUACGGUGCACCAGGCGGAGCAGGCGGGUACUCCGGCAGCGGCGGGUACUCCGGAAACGGAGGACACUCGGGCGGCGCCGGCGGAUACGGCGGCGGUCACAACGGCGACGACGACGAGUCUAACGAGCCCGCGCGGUACGAGUUCUCCUACGAGGUGGACGCCCCCGACUACGGCACCCAGUUCGGACACCGCGAGAGCCGCGACGGCGACCUCACGCAGGGCUCCUACCACGUGGUGCUGCCCGACGGCCGCCUGCAGACCGUCGAGUACGUGGCGGACGCCGGCGGCUACCGGCCCACCGUGUCCUACCAGGGCGGCGACGCCAACGGGGGCAACGGGGGUUCUGGCGGCAGUGGCGGCUACCAGGGCGGCUCCGGCGGCUACCAGGGCGGCAACGGCGGCUACCAGGGCGGCAACGGCGGCUACCAGGGCGGCUCCGGCGGCUACCAGGGCGGCAACGGUGGCCACCAUGGGCAGAAACAAGGCGGUCCCUACUGAACGACCCUCCGGCGAGUCCCCACUGCCCCCAUUUUGUGAUUAAUGAUAAUUUAUGAAAGUAACGUUACUUUUGUUGAUUAUUAACCCCAUGCCGAAGAUUUUGCUCUUUGGCAUCGCUACGUCAUUUGUACAUAAAUAUUGAGUGUGUUGAUUGUGUAACUAGA